UUUUUUUUACCAGGCCAUCUCCGGAGCCACACGUUAAUUGUUGGAUUAAUAAAAAUACAAAAUGCGUAUAUACCACCGUUCUCAUUGUACUCUGGCAUUUGCGCUACACAGGUGUCCCUCACGCAUUGUCAACAUAGAUUAGGACGUUUGUAUUUGGUGCCUGCAGAUUUGGUAGCAUCAGCAAAUCUUUCUCAUCACCAUGCAACAAACCAGCCUUCACUUUCAGCUUUUGCUGCUGGCCCUCCUCCUCCUCUGCCACUCGUCACCGGCACUGGGUCAAGUGGGAGCAUGCACCCUGAAAACCAUCAACGACAACACGUGCAACCAAAAGACCCGUUGGCAAAAGUACCUUUGCCUCGUCGACAAGUACCGGCUGGGCAGCCUGGUCCCCUGCAUAGAAAAAGACGAGACCGAAAAGGACGAAGACAGCAACAAGCUCUGCCAGGACGGCUUCGACAUCUUCCCCACGGGCGGCGACGACUACUCCCUGAGCGAGCAGUACCAAGCCGGGCUCGUGCGGCAGGAGCGCGGCGACGACUUUUGCUACGACCACAAGCGUGUCCUGAUGGCCGGCGUGCGGUUCCGGUACGGGGCGCUGAGGAACCCCGUCGUGGGCUCCAUCCGCGCCUGCCCCUACUCGAGCGAGGAGCAGCUGUGGGAGUGCCUGUGCGACCAGCAGGUCACCCUGGCCGGCGUCGUCAAGCUCGAGGCGGACUUUAAGAGCCUGUCGCGCUGCUUCGGCGGCGGCCAGUGUCUGGCCACCGCAAAGGUCGACAAUCUCAUGUGCCCCGGCUGGGUCAGGCCCAAGACGCAGCCGCCGCAGCGCGCGCCCGUCAACAGCUUUGUGCAGCUCUACGACAAUGCGACCCUGGCGAAGCGGGAACCCCGCAGGGUACCAGUGCAGAGACUGGACAGUCUGAUCGGCGUGUGGUGGGACGCCAACGCCAUCCCCUGGCCGUGCUACUUUGACAAGGCCAACGACAAGAUCUGCGACAUGGGCCCCAGCCAGCUCUUCUACAAGGACGAGCCCCUGCCCGGCGGGCUGAUGCGCAGGUGCUUCGUCCACCCGCUCAAGCCGCAGAGGUGGUGCCGGACGUUCAAGAACCCGAACCCUUCGCCGACGACCACGUCGGGGCCGUCGACGACGAGCAGGGGUUUGGCUACUUUUACCUUUACCACCACCUUUACCGAGAACGAGGUCCCUAUGAUCACGGUGGAUGCGACGCAGGUGGUCAGGGCGCCCGAGGAGGUCAUCACCGCGACGUCUUCGGCGGCCGAGGCGACGUCGACAGAGUCUGGAGCUGCCGUGGGUCGACCGCCACCGACGGCUGUGGUGUUGGUGUCGCUGGUGUUUUGUAUGGUGUUGUCGAUAUGACAGAUGGGUGAAUUAUUGAAGCUUGACCUGCGUUGAACUUUUAGAAUUGUUUCUAAUAAAAACGAUAUAGAUACCAA